UGCUAUUGAAACUGGUUUUCUUUUCAAGUACACACGGAAUACCUCAAGUCGUGUUAUUGCAGAGUGUGCUAAGAGAUAUUCUGAUGGUUGUCAAUGGUCUAUUCGUGCUUUGAAGAACAAGGUGAAUGGCCUUUUCUACACAAAGAAGUUGAAUAAUGUUCACACAUGCAAAGGAGUUCUUAGGCAGCAAAAUAGUAAGCUUUUGGGGUCUCAUGUUGUGAAAUCGGAGAUUGCUAAUGACUUGAAGUCCAAUCCUCAACUGAAGCCUAAAGAGAUUGUGUCUCGUUUCAAGCAUUCUUUUGGUUUAGAUGUGUGUCUUAUAGGACUGCUUGAUAUGGGAAGGAGUUGGCUAGAAAAGUUGUCCAUGGUCAUGAUGGUGACUCAUAUUCUCAGCUGCUUUGGUAUAGUGAUGCUAUUUUAUCUAGUAAUCCGGGCUCUUAUUGCAUAUUGGAAACUGAUCCUUUAAGUAAUCGUUUCGAACGUUUCUUCAUUUGUUUUUCUGGUUGCAUUGAGGGCUUUAAGUCAUGCAUUUCGCUUCUGUUCGUGGAUGCUGCUUAUUUGAAGAGUAUGCAUAAGGGAUACAUGCUCUGUGCUACUGGAAAGAAUGGAAACCAAGAGUUCUUCCCCUUUGCAUUUGCAGUUGUAGAUUCUGAAAAUCAUGCGAAUUGGGAUUGGUUUUUUUAUCAUCUAUAUAACAUCUUGUCUCCGCAAGGUAGAAAUGUGACUUUUGUUACUGAUCGACACAGUGGACUGUUGAAUGCUGUUACCAGGGUAUUUCCAGAUUCUCCUCAUUCAUACUGCUACUACCACCUUAAUGAGAAUGUUAGAGGUGUGUACCGAAAGCAAUCUGAAAAUUAUUUUGUUGACAAGAUUGUGGAGGAAUUUAUGAAAGUUGCUUAUUCACCUACAUUAGCAAGCUAUAACUUCAACUUGCACAACUUGAAGAAAGAAGGUGGUCCGCCUAUCGAAGAGUUUCUGUGAUCUCUGCAAUUGGAAAAGUGGUGCAAUGCAUUUUUCAAAGGAAACAUGGAUUCCUAUGCGCAUGGUAUUCAUCCUCUACCAAAUAUGGAGAAGUUUUAUGAAGAUGCAGCUAGUUCAACUUCUGUUGUUAAGCCUCCAUUGGUUAGGAGGCCAGCCAAAAUCUGUUCGAAUGAAGUCUGCAGCAAAAUGAGGCAUGAGGAGGCAUAUCAAGUAUGGCCGGUGUGGUGAGUUGGGGCCCCAUAACAAGAUAACGUGUACUGCAUGCACUAAUAUGAAAGCUGGCAGUAGUACAUGAACAUAUGGAGUAUCUUUCUACAACAUUAACAGUAGUUUUCUAUAACAAUUUGAGUAUCUUUUUAUACCAUUUGGAGUAGCUGUUACUAUACUGUCAUUCUUUUACAGAGCAUAGCUUUUACUUAUGUUGGCAACUGUAAAUGAACAGAGAG